AUGAGACCUUACUUCCUACUUUUUACUGUUCUGAUUGUUGCGAUCAAUGCCAAGCAGAUAGAAGACUCGUCAAAAUCAAACUCAACGGGGCGUUUUGGAUGGCCGAAAGCGACUUGUAAAUAUCCCAAACCUGAUAAUCUCAACAAAUACUUCGAGAAGUACUUCAAAAAAGUAUUCGGCAAACGCUUGGUGUAUGGCUGCAAACUGAACAAUCGAGCUGAGCAAUACAUGCAAGGGCGGCCAGUCCAUGAAGAGGAAAGGAAGUCCUACAUCAUUACUAAGGACGUCUUCAAAAUGAAGCUCACACCAAAAAAGCUUGCUAAGCGUGUUGUUAAGGAAAAGAGCAAUAAAAAAUUUUUCAAAAAG